ACCCCAUUGGUGCUCUCAUUAUUCUCCAAGGUAGGAAACCCAUAAAUUUAUUCUAGUAAUACAUUUCUGGGUUUUGUUUGCCUUGUGUGUAUCUUUCUAUUGACGAGAAUAAUGGAAUGUUCCCAAUUCUCUGUUUUUUUGCUUUUGUCCAUUUUUGUGGGAAUUUGUUUAGCUUCUACUGAGGAACAGGAAAGGGACAGGAUUGCCAAGCUGCCAGGACAACCAGAAAAUGUGCUAUUUGCACACUACUCAGGCUAUGUGACUGUGAAUGAAGAAGCUGGGAGAGCAUUGUUCUAUUGGCUGGUUGAGACACCAGCUAGUAUUGAACCAAGUUCAAGACCACUAGUGUUGUGGCUCAAUGGUGGACCUGGAUGCUCCUCUAUUGGUUAUGGAGCAGCUGAAGAAAUUGGCCCUUUUAGAAUUAAUUCUGAUGGGAAUUCACUUUACUCCAAUCCUUAUGCUUGGAACAACUUGGCAAAUAUACUCUUCCUUGAUUCUCCUGCUGGUGUUGGCUUUUCAUAUUCUAACACAACAUCUGAUCUGUAUACAGCAGGUGACCAAAGGACAGCUGAAGAUGCAUAUACAUUCCUUGUUAAUUGGUUUGAAAGAUUUCCUCAGUAUAAGCAUAGAGAUUUCUACAUUGCUGGAGAAAGUUAUGCAGGUCACUAUGUUCCUCAGUUGUCUCAACUUGUUUACCGGAGAAAUAAAGGAAUCGAGAAUCCAGUUAUAAAUUUCAAGGGUUUUAUGGUUGGAAAUGCAGUCAUUGAUGAUUUCCAUGAUUAUAUUGGAACAUUUGAGUACUGGUGGGUCAAUGGUUUGAUUUCAGAUUCCACAUAUAAGAAGCUGGGAAUUGCCUGUGACUUUUAUUCUUCUGAGCAUCCACCAGAGAAUUGUGUGGAAGCUCUCGAACUUGCAACUUUGGAGCAGGGAAACAUUGAUCCAUAUAGCAUUUAUACACCAGUAUGCAAUGAUAUAGCAGCAAUCAAACGCCGUUUGGGGGGUCGCUAUCCAUGGUUGUCUCGAGCAUAUGAUCCCUGUACUGAGAGGUACUCUACCUUGUAUUUCAAUCGUCCAGAAGUUCAGAAGGCACUUCAUGCCAAUGUAACUGGGAUUCCUUAUUCAUGGGCAGGAUGCAAUGAUGUUAUUGUGGAAAAUUGGGGUGAUUCUCCGCUAUCUAUGCUUCCAAUAUAUCAAGAACUUAUUGAAGGUGGUAUCAGAAUAUGGGUAUUCAGUGGAGACACUGAUUCAGUAGUUCCUGUAACCGCGUCUCGGUAUUCAAUCCGUGCCUUGAACCUAUCUACCAUCAUCAAUUGGUACGCUUGGUAUGAUAAUGACGAGGUUGGUGGCUGGAGUCAAGUUUAUGAGGGGCUUACAUUGGUUACAGUAAGAGGGGCAGGGCACGAGGUUCCACUUCAUAAACCCCGCCAAGGUUUUAUCCUUUUCAAGACAUUCUUGGAGGACAAGAACAUGCCAUUGCCAAUUGAUAGAAGCCUUAGUGGCCCAACUGAUAAAUCACUGAACAAGAACAUUCGGUUGGCUAGGCCCAUACGCAAGAUCACUAUGCCAUCAUCGACGCAGGGCUUUACUUAUUAGAUUUCUAUCUUUGUUGUUCUACAAUAAAACACCCCUUCUACAAUAAAACACCCCUUUCUGCACCGAUUUAGAGGGGCUAUGUAUUUUGUUAUAUAAGUGAUCUUAAUAAUUUAAGAGGGGUGAAUUAAAUUAAAAAAUUUCUCGUUUAA